CACCUUGUAUCAUCAUAAUAAUUAUCGUAAUAAUCGUGAUAAUCUCAUCUAUAUUUAUUUUUCUCGUCUCAUAUGUCAUGAGUUUUCUUGCUGAACCAAAUUAAUCAUAAUAUAUGAAAUCUGACUGAGAUAUCGCUUGUUCGCUCCCAAAUUUAAUUCCAACAACAUAGAUCUCUGGUGCUUAAAAACUAUCGCCUUUAGCCAGCAGCGAGCAUGUCGAUAUCGCUAGAUGAUGUUCAUGUAAAUAAAGAAGAAGUAUGUGUAAAGGAAGAGAUCUAUGACGACCCUUAUGUAAAAAGGGAGCCUGGAUUGAACACGGCAGCGCAGAAUGAGUCUUCUGAUCAUAAGGUGAAAGUGAAACUGUCUGAAACAGACCUGAACACAACACAGGAAACAUAUUGUAAAGAGGAGCCCGUGACUGAUGAUGGUGCGAGUGCAGCACAAGCCGAGCUGUAUGCUGGCCACAUAGUGAAGGAUGAACUGGUGCUCGGUCCCGAGCUACUACAUCCACUUGAGACAACCACUGAACUGGAAUCUCUGAAUCCAUCUCAAGUGACUACUAGUCAGCGGGAAUCAGAUCUGGACUCGGAGUCAACAUUUCGCGGAGACAAAGACUCGGCACUGGGCAAACCGAACAAUGAAAAUGAGUACUACGUUUGUAGUAUAUGCAGCAAACAAUUUACAGACAAGGAUUCAUGCGUUGAACACUUAUUAAAGCAUACCGGUGUUAAAUUUUACACUUGUCAAAUUUGUGGUAAAGAAUUCAGCAGAAAAUAUGACUUUAAUAGCCACAAAAGAGAGCAUAUUGAUAGAAAACCUCCCGACCAACCGUAUUCGUGCGACGUAUGCGAACAGGAAUUUUGGCAGCCUUCGCUAUUAGCGAACCAUAAAAAAACUCACGCAGUUGAGAAACCCUACCAAUGUGAUGUGUGCAAUAUGAAAUAUGCCACUAAAUGUGGUUUAAGCAAGCAUAAAAGGAAACAUUUACUUUCUUAUAAACCUCGAGAUAACACAGUAAAGCCAUUCACUUGUGAAAUAUGCAACAAUAGGCUAACAACCAAAUAUACUUUAGCUAAACAUAAGUUAAUACACUUGGAAGAAAAACCAUUUUAUUGUUCCGUAUGCGGAAGGGGCUUCGCUAAUAACGGCAAUUUAACGAGACAUAAAAAAAUGCAUAUGAAUUGAUAAAGUGGAGUCGAGACGGGGUGAUGAAAUCGACCGAUUUGAUAAGAAAUGAAAUUGCCGUCAAUUUCAAAUUUAAUGUUAAUGAUACAGUUAAUGUUAAUGAUAAGAUUUCUCCAAGAAACAUUAGGUCUGACACUCGUCUGUCGUAGAAAAUAUCCAUAAAAUCGAAUAUUUAGUACUCAAGAAUAUUUUUAGACAAGCCAAAUUGAAGAAAAAAAGAAAAAUCUUUGAAUGCAGUUUUAUUUCUUUUUAAAAAUAAAGGAAUGUCUCCUUUAAGUAAAAUGAGCCAACUUAAGGAUUUAAGGUAGUUUCCCUCCAGGGCCCGACUUAUUUUUCCACCCUGUAUAUUGAGGUUUAGGCUAUAAAA